UCAUUAACUAAUAAGUAUCGGUCCUGAUACGUUACUUCUGUUAGUAAUCUUCGCCUAAACGGGACGUUCGGUACUAACUUAUUAAAAAUAUUCGGUGGUACGUGGUGUAGUGAGUACGACUUUGUGCAGUGAUACGGGAAGUAAGUCAAGUAACUAAGCUCAGAGAAGAGAAGCAAAUUUAAGCACAUUUAGGAACGUACUGGUUUUCUUAUAGAAAAUAUCAUCGCCAAUCAGGAAGCCAAUUUUCUCGUAAAUCUUCACUUCUGCAUAGAUAAAACGACAGUCUAAAAGGUAUAAUUACUGAUAGUAGCACCAACCACGAUCAAUUAGUGAUAUUUAGUAUAUAGGUUCAGUAUCUAUCCUGGUGCUAAUUUGACAUAAACUUAUAAGAAAAUAUCAAAAUGGAAAACGUAUCGACUUCUCUUCUUGAUGGGUUUCACGAAAUGUUCGACAGGAAUCAAGAUCAUAGGACAAAGGACUAUUUCCUAAUGUCAUCUCCUAUUCCUACCAUGAUUACAGUAGCAAUAUAUUUAUAUACAAUUAAAGUGCUGCUGCCAGCUUAUAUGAAAAACAAAAAACCAUAUGACCUUAAAAAUGUAAUAUUGAUCCAUAAUUUUAUACAAGUACUCAUAAGCACUGCAUUAUUCUUAGGGUUCUUAUUUGCCGGAUGGUACCCUAUCAAAUAUGACAUAAAAUGCCAAUCGCCAAGGUUACCAGAUUUAAUAGAGGGAGCUGGUAUUAAGAUAAUGCAUGUUUCGUAUGGCUACUAUUUAUCAAAGUUUGUAGAAUUAUUUGAUACAGUAUUUUUCGUUUUACGAAAAAAAGAUCAGCACGUAUCUUUUCUUCACGUCUAUCACCACGCCGUUAUGCCGUUAUGGUGCUGGGGUGCAGUAAAAUAUUUUCCAGAAAGUCAGAUGACCCUAUAUGGAAUGAUAAACUGCUUUAUACACAUUGUGAUGUACACGUACUACAUGCUUAGUGCGUUCGGACCUUCAGUUCAGAAAUAUUUGUGGUGGAAGAAGCAUAUCACAGUAUUACAGUUGAUUCAGUUUGCAAUAGGUGCUGUUCAUUCACUCCACUUACUCAUCAAGGGCUGCCAUGUACCUCGAUUGCUCAGUAUAUCCUUGUUUUUGGAAGCGACUUUCUUCUUUUACAUGUUCGGUAACUUCUAUUUGAAGGCAUAUACAAAGAAACCUGCCACACAUGUAACUGCCAAUGGGCACCAGAACAACGUUAAAAAAGAAAACUAGAAUGUAAAAAUUGCUACUGUAAAUAAAAUAUUAUUUAUUUAGAAA